UGGCAUACUGGCAUUAUCAUACGCACGCGCGGAUAAUAUUACCUACACUUACUGCUGACUCGCGCGCAUAAAAACACAAAUGUAUUUUACGUUGGCUUUGGCAAUAUUAUUAUAAUUGUAUAUUUACGCGCAAUGUUAUACAAUUUCGUUUCGCAUCUCACGAAAUUCAAGUCGUACGUCAACAUAAUAAGACCGUGCGAAUAAUACGAUAAAUACGCUGUUUAUUUCUGUUCGUGGGGGGUGGCCUCUGAGCGUAUAAUAUAUCAGUAUAUAAGUACACUACACACAAUAUUUAGUAAGGUAGGUACUUGUGUGCGCGCGCGCACUCGGCGCGUGCCUGCAAAUCCGCUCAAUUACAGAAUUACAAACGCCAAACCAUUUCGCCGCGACAUCACUUGCCUUGCCCAAUGUUAUAAUAACCUGCGCGCGUGCACAAUGUCAUGUUAAAACCGCGCCGUUAGCCGUCAAAACCGCCGCCGCUCAACGUCUACUGCAACCGCGGUAGCUAAAAACGUUUUUUUUUUUUUUAUCCGCACAGUCCGCUCAGUCGUUCGUCGACUAUACGGUUACGUUUUUCCGCCGUUCGCUGUUUGGAAAAAAAAAAAAAUCACCCAACCGUCAACAAAGUUCAACAUCGACAGUUAGACAUUUGCUCAGUGGCAGAAGUGGGGUGAGUAUUUACUAUGUAGCGUUACAUGUUUUUAUUAUUUUCCCCGAAAUCUCCGUUUAUCGUUUAUGUGGGUCAUCAUCACUUAUCACCGCACAAUGUCAACGACAUGACCCUAUCCACCUCCCGGUCCUCCACAACAUCUACUUACGACUGUCCCUCUAUUUUUGACGGACGAAUGACAUUCCAGGUGAUAGUAUUAACGCCAACACGUUUUUUUCUUGUUAACGCCCAGGCAACUCGCAGCCGAUUUCGCCCAUAUUACUAUCUUUAUCACUGAGCUAAAAGUGUGUGCCAUCCGCGGCACAUGUUCUCCGAAAUUGACCUCUUGUCCGAUCGAUAGUAAUAAAGCAAAAUGAAUAAUUUUUUUUAUUUAUUCUUUCAUAAAGAUAACGGGUCCCAUUGAACAUGCUCUUGUGGAUGCCCAUGAGAUCUAUAAUAAUUGUAGUCCAUAAUAAAAUAAUAAUAGAUAAUUUAUUAAUGUAAUUAUUUUUACCAUUUCAUGUAUUUUUAUUGAUAAGGAAUAUUAUUUGUACGUUUACCUACAGUAUAUUACGUCAAUUGAUUUCCUUACUGGAAAAAUAAAAAUAUCGUCAAUUCUCGUUGAAGAAUUGAUUAUACUGCAGUAAUUUCCAGUCACUUUUCUUAAUUUUAAACAAUUCAUCAUUCACUAGUCACGUAUUGGUAUUUUAUACAUUAAUCACAGAUUACGUAUUUUGAUAAAAUUUUUCUUGAUUCAUCUAUUAUCUACAAUAAGUAUCAAUAUCUACACCUACUACAGUACUACGUAAUAUAUUAGUUUAUAAAUUAUGCAUAAUAUACUUAUUGCUCAGUAAUUUUGUAAAGAGUAACCACUAACUACGCAUUUGUGUUUAUUUUUAUAAUAUAUUAUUUAAAUAAAUUAUAUACAUUUUUAUAAUUUAUAUUUUAAUAUUUAUUUCUAUAUUAUAUUAUUAUGGCUAAAAUAUUACCUUAUCACCUGCAACUGAAAUUUAAUAUUAUGUUAUGCUUUAGAACUUACUGAGGUACUUAAGAGAAAAAAAUUUCCUAUUUAUCUAUUUGUUGUGUACAAUUUUAAAAAAUAAUAUGCCGCUAGACAUUAAUCAACUGAAAUUAUUUUAUUUUAUAUUUUUAGAUUCAAGUGUUUUUUUUAUUAUCUACCAUGCCUAUUAAUUAUUAUUUACUAUUAUAACCAUAUAUAAUAUAGUAUAAGCAGGGUUAGGCAAAAUCAUGUACCUAUACAAGUUUUAUACAUCAAAACAUAUUCAACUAUAUGUAAGUUUUUAUUUUUAUUAUCAUUAGUUAACAUAAACAAGAAAUGAUAAUUAAUAGUACACAGUACAAUACUAUAGUAAUCUGUAGUAAUUAUAACCACUAAUAAAAAUACAUUUAUCACAGUGAAAAAAAACAAAACAACUUACUCUGAAUAUUAAUUAUUUAUUUAUAUUAUGAAGUGUAAUAUUUUUUAUUUUUUAUUAAAAUGAUAACUUUUUCCUUAUUAUAAAUUAAAUAUUAAUAUAAUAUAGAUUAAUUAUGAUUAGUACGUAUUUGGUUGAGUUGGACAUUGUUUUCAUCAAUUUUAAGUUUACAAUAGAUACUUAGGUGUAUAACGUAUGUGUAAGAAUUUAUUGAUAAGUUGACACUUAAAAUUUUAUACUACUCGACUGCUGUCUUAAUUUGGCACGCUGAUAAUAUCACACAAAAUCAAAGUUUAUCCUCUGUAUAUAAUAACUUUCUAAGAUAUUUAUUUUAUAAAUGCCUUAUAGAAAGAGUUCCUAAUUCAGGAUAUUAUAUUACUUGUAGUUUUUCUAAGAUAAUGUCUUUAGAUAAAAUAAUUAAUUUGUUGAACUGUAAAUUGCUUUAUAAAUUAUUAUAUAAUAUUAUUAACCAAGUUAUUAACUGUCCUGAACUUCUUGAGCGUUUAAAUUUUAGAUUAAACCAAUCAUGUUCAAGAAAUAAAUCAUUAUUUUAUCCUUUACCAAUUAAUAAAAAAAUGUUAUACACCCUUGCAAAUGUUUUUAUAAACUGUCACUUUAUUAUUUUCAAAUUACAAAUAAAAUUAUUAUUAUUAAGAAUUUUGUGAAUCAUUCUCCCUCCAGUCCAUUUAUUAAGGUAUUUUGGACAUGCUAUCCAAUUUGAAUAUAUUGUUUCCAAUUGUGCUGUGAGUACUGGUAGAUUAAAACAUUUUACUGUUAUGCUUGCUUAAUCAUAAUGCUUAUUAUUUGAUGGAGACUAUUUGGCAGACUGUCUACUCCAACAUUUUUCCUCACUUUAAAUAGAUUAUAUCAACAAACAAUAUGUUUAUACUAAGAAUAGGUUUUAUAAAUAUAAAACAUAUAAUUCCAAAUAUAUAUACAUCAAUUAUUAUUAUAUUGUAUUAUUAGUCCGAACCUAGGUUUAAAUAUGUUGAUAUUACUAUUCAGAAUGUAUGAAUAAUAUCAGUGUUAUAUCAAUUUUAAAAUAACUUUUUUCCUUAUAUUAUGUAAAACAUAUGAAUACAUUUUGUGUUCUAUGAAAUAUAUUAUUAUUAAUCACUAUAUGGAGUUUAAUUAAUAUCUACCAACUUUGUUUAUAACUUUUUUUCAUAUAACAUUGUAUUAGUUUUAUCAAUUUUGUAUUAGUAUUAAAGUACUUAUUGUCUACACAUUUUUACUUUUUUGUACCAAAUAGAUUAUUGCUUAAAGGGAAACUUUCUUGAAACAAAUUAUAAUAUUUCAGUUCAACCGGAAAAUACCAAAUUUAAUAUUAAAAUAAAACAAAUGUCUGUUUGUUAUUGUUUAAAAAUUAAAAAUAUCAAUGAAAAGAUGAACUUAUUAAACUAAUAAACUAUGUAAAAUUCACAUAAUAAACUUAUUAACAAUUAAUGUAUCAAAUUAUAUCCUUUAGGGCUAUAGCUGAUGUUCAGUGCAGCCAUAAUAAAACAAAUUUAAAAACUUGCAUGCAACCCAGUAGUUUUAUGUGUACAUAUUAUAAUACCUACUUGUUUAUACAUAGUGGAAUUUGAAUUCUAACCCUGAAACUAGUUAUACAUAAAACUAUUUUGUGUUUUGAUAAUUUAUUUAAAUUGUGGAAUAUUAAUAUAAUUGUAUAUUAUUUAAUUAGUAUUGGUAACUGUCAUCUAUAUUAUUAUAAUAUAUCUGUAUUGGAAUAUGCAAUGAUAUAAUUAACUAGCUAAUUACUAAUCUAUAAUUUGUAAUUAAAUCCAUUAUACACAAUUAUGGGUCUCAUUAAAUACUAAUAUAAUAUUUUAUAGUUUAUUUUAUAUUUCAUCACGGCUUUAAUCUAAUUUGUACACAAUUACAUAUUUAUGGAGAGUCGUGUUAAAUGUUGUAUUUUUACCUAAUUAUAAACACAAUGUGUAGUUGUAUCAUAAUAAUAUCUUAAUACAUGUACAAUAUACAUUGCGACUAGGUGCAUAUUCUCAUAUAUGUUAAUAGCAAAGUGUAUAAUGUUAGUGUUAUACUGGGUGUUAUAUAUAUAAUAUAUAAUGCUUAGGUAUUUUAUAUAACUCCUGGACUUUUUUGACUUUUUAAAGUAUUAGUAUAGAAUAUUAUUUAAUUAAAUAAAAAGCUUAAGAAUUAAUGCACAUCAAUAGGAAUUAAAUGCAAUUUGUAAAUCUAAAAAAUUAAUCUACACAAUAUAGAGUAUUAUUUAUUAUACAACUUUAUGGGCUUCUCAAACAUUUCAUAUCCAUACAAAUGUUGAUAAUGAAGUGUUUUAAAAUAAUUAAAUUCUUAUGCCUACUACACCCCAGUUUAAGAUAAUAUUAUAAGCUAUACUUUGUACCUCUAAAAUAUAUAAUCGUAAAAUGUGGUUAUAAUUUACGUAAUGAAAAUUGUUUAUGAACAUUUUCACGACCAAGAUAAUGAUCAAAUUAUCACAUACUUCAAUACAACUUAUGUUAACAGUCAUAACCUAACAUUCUAUUUAGAACAUAUUUGGGUUAUAAUUAUGUUGGUAUAGGUAGAACAAGUAAUAUUUUAGAAGGGUAGAAUUAUAAAAUUUUAACACAAGUUCGUAUUACGCCUAAUAUUUGGGUUUUUAUUGAAGCUCUACAGAUGAUCAACUCAAGUAUAUCAAUAUAAAAUUUUAAUUAUAGAAUAGGAGAUUUCUGUAAUAAUUUGGGUUAUGAUGAUAGAUAUAAACGUUAUAUGAACGUUUUUUAAAUGAAGCUAUUUUGAAUUUCGAUAAGCAUCUUACCAGAAUAAAAAAACCAUAAGUUUUUUUUUAAAUUUUGAUUUUUUAUUAAAAAUGUUUUAACGUAUAUUUUAGUGAAUUUUGUAUUGGCAAUAGUGUUAUGUCGGAUUAUUAAAUUAUACAGGGUGAUAUACAGGAUAUAUAAGAUUAUUUCAUUUAUACCUGUAAGCAAUGAUAAAUCAUUGUUUGACGAAAGACAAGCGUAGUUCGGUUAUACAUAUUUUUUUCGUUUAAAUUUAAUUUCAAAUUGCUUAUUAAAAAAAAAAGUUGUCUGAUGAUUUUGGAAAUUUUAUUAUGUAAGUUCAAUAUAAGUAUUAUUACCAAGUUCUCUGAGUCUAUUUAUAACUGAAUUAUAGCAAAAAACCUACCAAAAAUAAAAUUCCUUUUGGUGGUAUUUUGGUGUAUACAUUUUUAUUUUCAAUAAUAAUUUGAUCACUAGUUCAAACUUAUAAUAUUUGUGAUUAUAUUGUUAUAAAUAUUUUUCUUCUUGAUUUUAUAUUUUUCAUAUGUUUCUAUUUUAUGAGCUAAUUGAAAAUUGGCUUUUAAAAAAUAAUUGACCUUAAUAAUUGUGUUUCCAAUAAAAUUAAUUUUUAUCAAAUAAUUUUUAAUUCUUCAUUAUUCAUUUAUAAAAUUGCCUAAUAUUACUGUUGUACAUCACAAAUAUAACACUUAAGUAUAUGAUUUAAGUAGAUAGGUCAAAAUGGGGAGUAGCAAAGAGAUACAUUUUAAUUUUUUAAUUAAUUUAAUACUAUGCACGGAAAACCUAGACUCAGUCUAACCAAUAAAUAAUACAACAGAAUAGGUUAGAAACUAUUAUGUGUAUUAAUAAUAUAAUAUUCUAUGAUAUGGUUAAUAAUAUAUUAUCUUAUAUUACUUAAAACAACGUAAAUAAUUUUUACUUAGGUAUUUACCUUAAAUUAUAUAUUUAAGUAAAUAGUACUAGAUUAUAAUAUCUUGACAAUUCUACAAUUAUAAAUAAGAUAUAUCAUGUAUCAAUAUUAAUUAAUUCUAUUAUUAUAUUUUUUUUUUUUCAUCAAUGAUCAAAUAAAAUUGCACACUAAUGAUUAAUUAUGACUAUCUUCAAAUAAGUUUAAGUAUGUAAUUAAAUUACUACAUAACUAAAUUAGUAAUGAUUUUGUAAUAUCUACUUGCAUUUAAUUAUGAGAUGAUAGAGGUAAUAGGUAAAAAGUAUUACCAUUAACUUUCCUACGGCUUGUACCACAAAUUAUAUUAUUAGUAAUUAUUCAUGUUGGUUAAUAUUGAUUUUUAAAUUUAAUAAAUAACAAUAAUUAAAUAAAUUAUUUAGUAAAGUAUUUAUAUAGAUAGGUAAGUGGCUGUUUUAUAUAUUUUUUAUUACUUCCAAUUCACACUAUAAUAUUAAACCUUAAGAAUUAUGAUUACAUUUAAUAUAAAAAUGUAAAAUUUUACUUAUUUUAAAAAUAAUAAUUGAUUUAAUACAUUGUUAUUUUAAGUUUAAAUUAAUUAUCAGGUACUUCAAUAUUUUUUUAUAAAUGAAAAAUAAAUCAAAUACAUACCAUAAUGCAGUAACUAUAUUAUUUAAAAAAUAUAUAUAAUUAUAAGUAAGAAGUUUUCAUUUAACUAUAAUUUGUUAUUUAGAUUAUUAUUGUACCAAUGAUAAACACAAACAAUUAUAACACAUUACAUAUUUUUUAUUUUUGGCAGUUAAUCUGUUAAUCUAAAGGUGUGUAAAAUAAAUUUUUGGCAUAGUUUAAAUUGUAAAUCUGUCUAAACAAUUUUAAAUAAUAUAUUAUUUGUAUUUAUUUAAUUUAAAUAUUUAGGUAGGUUUUGUUAUAUUUGUUUAAAUAUUUUUAAACAAAUAUAAAUUGUUAUAUUAUUAUUGGUAAUAUAUUAUCUAUUUGUAUGUAGAGCAUUAUUACUAAUGUUUGUUGAGUAGAAUGUUAAUCUUAUUUCUUAAACUAUGAAUGUUAUAGUUCAUUUUAUUAUGCUAUAAAGUUUGAAUUAAUUAUUUAAUUUAUGUUUUAGGAUUUACAAUGACUUCAAAACUGUAUAAUUUAAUAAUUGGUAGUGCAUCAGUUGGAGCAAGCACUUAUCUAACAACAUGGUUAUUAAAUGGAGAAAAUCCAAUAGUAUGAACUAUUUUUAUUUUAUAUUAUAGUCUUUAGUUAGCUACCUACAAUAGAAUAUGAAUUGAAUAUAUCUCAUGACAUUUAUAAUAUUUUUAUAUUAAAGCAAUUUCAAUCAGUGCAAGCAGAGGUUGUUAAAAAAACUGGUAGACAACGUACUUUACCACCAAGAAAUGCUCAAAUUCAGUCUUUACAAUCAGAAAGUUUUGAUGUAAUUAUAAUUGGUGGUGGUGCUACUGGUGCUGGUUGUGCAAUUGAUUCUGUAACACGAGGUUAGAUAUAUUUUAGAAAAAUGACUAAGCACAUUUUAAAUUUGGUUUAUGCUAUUCAUGUUUAAAUUGGGAAAAUAUUUAAUUUUUGGUCAAUUGUUAAAUUAGGGUUGAAAACUGCCUUAGUUGAGUCAGAUGAUUUUGCAUCUGGCACUUCGAGUCGCAGUACGAAACUUAUCCAUGGUGGUGUACGAUAUUUGCAAAAGGCAAUACUUAACUUGGAUUGGGAACAGUAUAAAAUGGUCAAAGAGGCAUUGCAUGAAAGAUCAUCAAUGCUUAAAACUGCACCUCACCUAACACAUGCUAUCCCCAUAAUGUUACCAGUUUAUGAGUAUGUUCUUAAUAUGUUCAAAAUUGUUUGUUUUUAUCUUAUUUUGUGUUUUUUUUUUUAUAUAUAUAUAUAUAUAGAUGGUGGAAGGUCCCUUACUACUGGAUUGGCAUCAAAGCUUAUGAUCUUGUAGCUGGUUCUAAAACAGUAAAAAGUUCAUAUUAUUUGUCCAAAAAUGAAGCAUUAGAAAUAUUUCCAAUGCUUAAGAAAGAUAAACUUGUUGGCGCUAUUGUUUAUCAUGAUGGUAAUAAGUAUUUUUUUUUGUUAAGUUAAGUACUAGUGUUGUUUUAAUAAUCAAUGAUAUAAGAGAGAAUAGACUGAUGAGGUAAUUUAAAUAUAUAAUGUAAAAGAUAAGUGAGAGGCUACAUGUUCUGUAAGGGUAGUAAGGCUGUAAGAAUAGUUUUAUAAAUUAAUGCAAUUGAAAGUAGAAGAGGAAUACUAGACUAAAAAUUGUUAGACAUAAUUGAGAGUGAGGACCGUAGGAGCUAGGGGAUGUACAGGAUUUAUCAAAUUUUAUGUUACUGCCAAAUUGUUCAUAAGGUAUUUAUUUUUUCAAAAAAUACCUUGUGUAAAAACUUUUGGAAAUUACAUAUUCUAAAAUGUCACAUUGUUCUUUUUUAUGGAGAUGAUGCAACUAUCUACUUUUGAUUUACAAACAGCCAUGUAUAUUAAAAAUAUAGUUUUCUAUUUCUUUCCCCCUAUUCAAACUUACAUGUAGAAUAUCUCAUCAACGGGUUAAUGGAAAUUAUAAAUAUUAAUGCCAACAUAUUUUUAAACUAAAAAAUCAUCUAUUUAAGGGACUUUGAAUAUAAUUUAAUAUUUGAAAAUUAAAAGUAGCUACUUGUUUAACCUCCAAAAUGUUUUUUGCAUUAAAUUAUUUUUAAAAAGUCAUUGAAAACUUGACUUGAACAUGAAAUUUGUUACACCUUGUAUAGAUGAUAUGAGAGACCUAGUUAGGUGGAAAUGACCAAGGGGAGCAAUCCCCUCAUUGAUUAAAUAUGUUAGGAAUGAAAAGAAGUUUAUAUUCUACUUAUUAAUAUUAUAGUUUUUAUACUUUAGGCCAACAAGACGAUGCAAGAAUGUGUCUUGCCUUAGCGCUCACAGCUACUCGGUAUGGAGCAACUGUAGCUAACCAUGUAAAAGCUGUGCGCCUCAUAAAAGACAGUGAUGGAAAAAUAUGUGGUGUGCAUCUUAGAGAUGAACUAACAGGAACAGAAUGGGAUGUUAAAACUAAGUGUGUGAUUAAUGCAGCUGGGCCCUUCACAGAUUCUGUACGCCAAAUGGAUGAUGAAAAAAUCAAGGAAAUUUGUACACCUAGUAAAGGUGUACACAUUGUAUUACCUGGUUAUUAUAGGUGAUUAAAAUGUUGUACCCACAAUAUAAUUGAAUUAAUAUCAAUAAUAGUAUAUAUAUUGAAUUAUAUUAAUUGUUGUAAAUUAAACAUUCAAUUUAAAUGCAUACUUUGUGACAUUUUAAUUUGAAAUAUUCUAAUGCUCUUAAUAGCCCGGAACAAAUGGGACUUUUGGAUCCAGAAACAUCUGAUGGACGUGUUAUAUUCUUUUUACCUUGGCAAAAACAUACGCUUUCAGGAACUACAGAUAGCCCAUGUGAUGUCACAUAUCACCCAACACCGACAGAAGAAGAAAUUGAAUUUAUAUUGGAUGAAAUAAAGAAUUAUCUGAACUCUGAUGUUGAAGGUUCCUUGUCUAAUCUACAAUUUCAAGAAUAAAUACAAAUAGCUUAUUUUAUUUUUAGUAAGACGAGGUGAUGUAUUGAGUGCUUGGGCAGGUAUUCGUCCAUUAGUAUCAGAUCCAAACAAAGGAGAUACUCAAUCACUAGCCCGUAACCAUAUUGUACAUGUAAGCAAGUCUAAUUUAGUUACAAUUGCUGGGGGUAAAUGGACAACAUAUAGAGCCAUGGCUCAAGAAACAAUUGAUGCUGCAAUUAAAGGUAAUAUUAUUACAUAAUUUUUUUUUAAAACUUAUUUGAAUACUUAUAUUUGUAAUUUAUUUAGUUUGCUUUUACAGCUGUUUCAGAAUUAAAACCAACCAAACCACAAUGUCAAACAGAUGGUCUUCAACUUGAAGGGUCUCACGGAUGGACUCCAACAAUGUAUAUACGAUUAGUUCAAGAUUUUGGGUUAGAGAGUGAAAUAGCUCAGCAUUUAGCUACAUCUUAUGGUGACAGAGCAUUUGCUGUUGCUAAGCUGGCAAAUCUCACUGGAAAAAGAUGGCCAGUCAUUGGUAAUAAAAUUCACCCUGAAUUUCCAUAUAUUGAUGCUGAGGUAAUAUAAAUUCUAAAAAUUUUUGCGGCUUCCUAAUUUCUAAGAAAAUACUUUAUUGUUUUUUUUUUGUUUUUAAGAUACGUUAUGGAGUCAGAGAAUACGCUGUUACUGCUGUAGAUAUGAUUGCAAGACGUUUACGAUUAGCAUUUUUGAAUACUCAAGCUGCAUUAGAAGCUCUCCCGAAUAUUAUUAAUAUUAUGGCUGAAGAAUUGAAUUGGAGUGCUGAUGAAAAAGAGGUUUAAUUAAAUAAUUUUAGAUAUUUUGAUUAAAAGUUUAUUAAUUUGUAUAAUAUAACAAUAUGUAGAAACAAUUUAAAUUGGCCAGUAACUUUUUGGCUACAGAAAUGGGCUUGAGUGUUAACAGAGCAUCUCGAGAUAAAAUUCCAAUCACUUUAUCUAAAGAUGAAAUUAAAAUGUAUGUUACAAGAUUCCAACUUAUUGACCGUGACCAUAAAGGGUAUGUUUCCAUAAAUGAUAUUCGUCGAAGUAUGAAGGUAUGGUAUCAAAAACUAAUUUACAUGUUCUUUUAACAUACUAUAAAAUUAAUAUUGUAACAGAAUUCAGGUGAAGAUGUUAGUGGUACAGAACUCCAUGAAAUUUUGAGAGAAAUUGAUACCAAUAUGAAUGGGCAGGUUGAGCUUGAUGAAUACUUACAGGUAAAAGAUUUAUAUUAAGUCUAUACUAUUAGUAAUACCUAAUAUUUUUCAAUGUAGAGAAAUAUUUGUAGACAAUUUUUUAUAUAUGCAUUUUAUUUUAGAUGAUGUCUGCAAUUAAAGCUGGUCACAUAUCUCACUCUCGAUUUGCCAGAAUGGCUGAAUUAGAAGAGGAAGCACAUAAAAAUGUUAAAAGCAAAAUAAGUGUGGAACGCUCAGGAGGAGGCUUGUAAUUGAAAAUAGGAAUAUUCUAUUCGCUAGAGAUUUGGUUUUAGUAUCUGUGAACAACUCAGUAGAUGAUAUAAAUCAAAACCAUAAUCAAAAUAUUUUUUCCUGUUCUAAGUACAUAUUGAACUAUUUGUUGAACAAAAAAAUACUGUUGUUACCAAUGUUAAUAAAAAUUAAAAUCAUAUACACAAUUUAUUAAGUUUUAUAUUUUGAUUCAUACUGUAGUAUAUAAAUACACUCGAGGAAGAUUUACAAUCUAGAGAAACUAUAGUCUGUCCCAGGAGAGAACGGUCCACUUGUGCGCAUGUUUUCCCCCUCCACAUAACUUAAUUUCAGCGAAGGAAGCCGAUUGUCAUUUCU